UGCUCCUCACGGUUGCUGCUGCCCUGAGGGGAGCCCUGAGCGAGGCUUAAGCGCGCGGAGAGCUGCAAGCGGCCCCGGGGAGAGAGAACAGAGGGAGCCAUGAGGAGCCUGAGCUGCGUCCCGCUCCUCUUCCUGCUGCUCUCCACGGGGGAUUCUGCAGUUAUCACUGGGGCUUGCGACAGAGAUCUACAGUGUGGUGGAGGCAUGUGUUGUGCUGUUAGCCUCUGGAUUCGGAGCCUGCGGAUGUGCACACCAAUGGGAACCUUGGGAGAAGACUGUCAUCCUUUGAGUCAUAAAGCAAAUAUUGAGUGCUGUUUCCAGGAAAGCACUAGAAAUAUUUAUUCUCCCACAGAUUCCAUUUUGGGGGAAGAGAAUUCAUCACAGCUGUCCAUGCCUACCUAAUUUGGCUUGUGUCUGGAUUUCUCCUAGCAAAUACAAAUGUUUACCGGAGUUCAAAAACGAAGAUAUCUUUUUCUAGCGAAAGCAUGGGGAAGGAUUCUGUGCCGUUACUGUAUUCCAUGUAUUAAGAUCCUUACUUGUUAUUGUGAUGAAGUCAUUUGUCACUGGAAAUUUUCCAAUAUAUUUUCUUGCAUUGUAACCAUUAUCAUUUUUAUGAUACCAUAGUUCACGGCAGCCAAGAUGUUUUCAGCUGGACAAUUUCAGGGAGUUCUUCAUAUUCUUAACAGCACAAGCUAAUAUGUGCUGAAGUAGACCUGUACAACUUGAGACUUGCCAGUUCAAACAUAGCACAUCAGUCAUGUGUGGCAGACUACCUGAGGCUCAAUAAACCUCCUAUUUGUGUAGCCUACAAAAACAGGUAACAAGAAGAAACUGGCAGGCCCCAAUGCAUCAUUGCUGUGUUGCAUUUGGCUUAGAUCACAAACUGUGCAGACUUAUACUGAAGGAAUAGUACAGAUAGCUCCUCUCUCCUAAAAUCUGGCCUGCUUAAGGAUGAUCAGGUUAGCCAUCUAGAAAACGGAUGUCCAUAAUUACCAGGUCAAUUUACAUAAAUUUGCUCAAGGUUUUUCUGAAUCUACUAAGAUUGAAUUAAAGUAUUUUGCACUGCAAUAUAGGGCUAAGAACAAGACAAUUUGUUAGACUAUGAUAAUCCAGGUACAUAUUUGUUGUAAUAAUUAUACUAUUUUAGAUUAGAAAUAACAUUAUUUUAAACACUUCAACUGUGUUCUUUACGUUAUUUAAAAAUGACAACCAGCACCAAAGCAUUUAAGUAAUAAAAAUACUGUUUAAAAUUAAUACACUCUGAGUAUGAGAAGAGAAAGAAUUCUUUUCAUUUUAUUUGGCAUAAACUAGCAGCUUGUCAGAUAUUUGAAGUGUACUUUAUAUAUUUUUUAAAAAUUGGAAAAGUCUAUUUAAUUAAAGUACAUGACUUGUUAUGUAAUUAUAACAAUAUCACUAUGUAAUAAGUCUGUAUCAGAAUAAUGGCAGUAUAUUUAUUUAAAAUUAUAUAUUUAUUUUUGCACUGUGGUCUUUGAUUUUUUCCAGUGAGUUAUUGUUAUCUAUCAACACUAAAUUGAGAACUUAUGUACGAAAGUAUGCAUCACUCAAGAUUUCUGUGAACGUUACCAUUAAAUUUGACAUAAGAACCUCCUAUACAAUUCAAUGCUCCAUGAAAAAUUAUAAAAUGCCAUAGAAGCUGUCUUCAGUCUUACUUUUUUUUUUUACUUAUCCUUGUUAAAUAUAACACACACAAAAAAGUAACAAAGUAAUCCUGUGCAUGUUUAUUAUGAAGUAAGCCCCAUUUAGUGAAUUGAGGCUUAUCUUCAUGUGCAUAGGACUGCAGUAUAGUAUUAUACAUUUCCUACAUUCGUAGCGAUUCUAUGUGUGGAAAGCUGGUGCAAAGUGUAUCUAGACAAUUGACAUGCAUUUAUUUGCCCGAGUCCGCAGUGUGAAGUAGCUAAGGCCAAUCACAUCAAGCACAUUCUCUUUAGCUGAUGUCAAUAAGGACCAGUUUAUACCAUCAGCAUAACCAUGAAGGGAAGCAGCAUUCCCUGAGCUAUACACCAUGUUAGGCUGCUGGUGGAUGGCUGCAUAUUUAAAUGCUUCCUUUAAAAAACAAAACUGGUAUGUAGAGUGAGAAACACAUGAGAAAAGUCUAGACUGAGCUUUUCCAAGAUACCUUUCUUUGUGUAGGACUGCAUUCGUUGUGAGGAAAGUCCAGAAAAGUUUUAACAUUAGAUUCUGCUGACUGCAUAAACUGACUGAGAUGAGUAGGAAAUUCAUCACAACUUGGCUCUGACUUCUCGUCCCAGUAUUUUUGAAGGCAGACGAAGCACACCAUGUCAUGCAUCUUAGGUGUAUUUCUAAUAAAAGAAUGUUUGAAAAUCCUUGGGUAUCAGAAGUCAGCUUUAGACCAAGUAUAGUAGAAAAACUGAUGAUUCCAGAAGCUGUGCAGGAUAACCAACCAUAGUUGUGUUGGGUGGCGACUUACAACCUUGCACUCCAUAGCCUUUUCUUCCAUUAAGCAUUAGGAAACACUCCCAAAGUAAUUUUGCUAUAGCACAUCAAGAUUAAUUGUUCAUGUUCCCAUGUAUUGUCUAUAUGAGUCACUCUGGAAAUGUGUUCCCCAAAUAUACCCAUUCAGUAGAUCCUUAUUUAGUUCUCUGCUUAACUUCCCCCUCCCCUCGCCAAAAUGUGUAGAUUUAUGUAAUAAUGUAAUGCAACCCAGUGAGGUCUUUCUUCGGCUUCUGAGAUGUAUGUUGUUUUCAGUAUUAUGUGAAGAAACCCAGAAGCACCAGUCUACAAUAAACCUUCUAAAGUGGAA